GGACGUUGUUGGCCGAUCAGCGGCAGUCCGAGUCCGUCAGUCAGUCGGCAGUGUCACGCCCAGAAUGUGGACGCCGAGUCGGCUUCGUGGUCGGAUUCCGCAUCAGGAGGAUUACUAAGCAUUCAGUCACGUGGAGAGCCGUGACCGCUUCCAUCACGAUACAAAACUUGGACUCGGCUAUUCGGGCACCACUCACGACGGUAAGAUGUAUACAAGUUGAUGACGGGCUUGUUAUUCAUGAGAAUGCACGUCAUAUAAGGCAACUUCUUAAAAUUGGCCCCAUCCAGGCUUCAAAAGUCCCAUCACCUCGUCAAUCAGCUUAUCCGAGUCACUCACAGUUGCCCCGGGCCUCCCUGUCGCAUAGGGGCCAAUGUUACCGAACAAAGGCACAUCUCUAACCGUGCCCGCCAGCACUUCCAAACAGGAUCCUCCCUUGAUGGGAAUCUUUUCCACAUCCUGCUGGUGGUGGGCAUUGCCUUCCUGAGUUGCUGCUCGGCCGGGCACACUAUCAAUCUCAUUACCCUUGACACAGGCCAGCAUGACCUGAGCGACUUCUUCAGGCGUUACCCACUCGUCGCGUGCCUCGCCCUCCUGCUUGACAAUCUGCAGUUUAUGCGGAUUUUCCGUCCACAGCGGCGUUUUGACCACUCCGGGCUCCACGGCCGUGACGCGAAUGCCGUGAGACUGCUCCAGAGUGGCAAGUGACCGAACCAGAGCCUGAACACCGUGCUUGGACGCAUGGUACAUUGGCACAGGGAGCGAUGCCGUCUGGCCUGCAAUGCUUGCGAUGUGCACGAUGGAUUUGGGAUUCGUGGGGCUUGACGGAGGAGAGGCUGCCAGGAAAUGGGAGAUGGCCAUCUGUGUGACUCGAAUCGGGUGUGUCAAGUUGAUGUCUAGCAGCUUGUAUCGUCCGCCCAAGGGAUCGUCGACAGACUCCUUCGAGCCCGGCGGAUACCAGAAGUUACUCCAGGGCGGCUCGAACACUCCGGCACCGGGACAGACAAUGUCGAUGGAUCCAAAGGACUGCUCGGCUGCCUUGAACAUGUCGUUCAGAUCCGGCCAUGAGGUCACAUCCGUCCUCUUGAAGAUCGCCUUGUUUGGCGUGGUUUGGUACUGAUUCACUAACUCUUGCGCUUCGGGACGCAAAGCCAGGUCUGCAAAGAGGACGUUUGCCCCAUGCUGUAACAGCAGACGAGCAAACUCAAGGUUGAUGCCUGGCGUUCUCAUGUGGUCAGCUGUCUUUUUGCUGGUAAGUUUCUUGGAGUAAUAUGUAGGUACCAACCUGAACCUGCACCUGUGACAAUGGCCGUCUUGCCUUGAAUCUGUUGCGCCAUAUUUUAUGGGUUUAAAAAGGAACUGAUCCAGUAGAGAACAACCGAGCGUGGUGUUCUCCAGGGACUCACAGAUGGUUAUAUCCCAGAUCCUACCUGCUGUCUUAGCACUAUUCUUCCUACCCGGACGCCGGACUCCGGCUGACUCUGCAUUUUCCGAGUCCAAUACACUCCAGCUGUCGUCUAUCUCCUGGACAACCUACAGCUGAUCCCCGCCUUGCCGAUGGGUUCGCCGGCAGGUGGCCCGAGGUUAACUGGGGUUCUGCUGUGGGACACUUUUCCUGGGGUAGGUAGUAGCUGAAAGCGGUAUCCCGCUGAGAUGACGAUCGGAACGCUGAGGUCUGGCGGAUCAAUGAUAAUCCGAAGUAUGCAGACUAGUACCAAAACAGCAACGUAUCCGGAUGCCACUGCGGAACCGUUGAGUAUAUAUGAGCAGCACACGAGGGCAGCCAGCUGAGUUGUUUGCUCAUCCGCAAAUAAUCUGCCUGGUCCUUCCAAAUGAAGAGUCAUCUGUUGUCAGUAGGCCGUCGGGCUGCCUCAACCCUCACCAAAGAGGCCGGUGAUAUUAGCUCAGUUUUCCCCUCAUUAUCUGGCAAGAAGCCUGAUCCCCUCCCGCCACGCUUUGCAGAGUUGAAGAAGUCAUUGAUCAGAGGCAAUGAAGAAGCCCUGACCGACUCGUGGCAUCGGCUUCUGAGUAGCCUGAAAAGAGAGAUCGAGGAGAUCAGGUCCGAAGGGAGUGAUAUCAUACCCAGCAUUGAGUAUCGAGAUGUGGUGGCAGGCACAGUUCCGAAGGAGAAACUCGACGCUCUACGCCAUCGGGGUACGGCGGUGAUUCGAAACGUUCUGCCUCAGCGGGAAGCCCUAGACCUGAAACAACAGGCAAGGGAAUACAUCGCUGCAAACAGGUCAAAAGUCAAGGCAUUCCCUCCCGACGACCCAGCGGUGUAUGAGCUGUACUGGACGCCGGUACAAGUCCGGGCACGGGCUCAUCCCAAUGUGCUCAAGACGCAAACAUUUCUUGCGUCCUUUUGGCACUCGUCCGACCCGAGGUCGGAAAUCUCGACAACUUAUCCUCUCACAUAUGCUGACCGAUUCCGUAUCCGUCAGCCAGGAGACGCAAAGUUCGCUCUGGGCCCGCACACAGAUGGAGGCAGCGUCGAAAGGUGGGAAGACCCGGAAUACUCGCGGGUCUACCAGUCCAUUCUGCAAGGCCGAUGGGAAGACUACGACCCAUUUGAUGCCCGCCACCGGAUCGCCGCCCGCAUGGAUCUGUACAACGGCGCAGGUGCUUGCAGUAUGUUCCGAUUGUUUCAGGGCUGGCUGUCCAUGUCCUCAACAGGACCCGGCGAAGGAACCUUGAAAGGUUGUCCGUUAGUUCGACACGCAACAGCUUACCUGAUUCUGAGGCCUUUCUUCGAUGUCAAAUCCGGCAAGCUGCAAUUGGAUGCUACGUUUCCGAACUCAGUCCCAGGAGCGUGUCAGGAGUACAACCCGGAAACACACCCUGACCUUGAACUGGAGACGACUAUGGUGAGUAUGCCACAUGUUGAGCCGGGAGACUAUGUCGCCUGGCACUGCGAUACCAUUCAUUCAGUCGAUAAAGAGCAUCAUGGCAAAGGUGACAGCAGCGUCCUGUACAUCCCCGCCUGUGCCAUGACCAAGUCGAACCUUGAGUUUCUGAACAGACAGCGCAUGGCUGCUCUGAGGUACAGCCCACCGCCAGACUUCCCAGGCGCGGGAGGUGACGGAGAGCUUGGAUUUGUGGGAGCAGUCGAUUGGAACCAUAUCAAUGACGAGGGAAAAAGAGCAAUGGGACUGGGUAGGAGGAAGUGGGAGAUCAAAGAUGGCAUGAGCGAAGGUGAGGCAAAAGUCAUUGAGAUGGGGAAUAGGAUGCUCUUCGGUUGAGCAAUCCGGGCUCACAAUCAUAGGCUUGGUUUCACUCCUCUGUUGGAGGGUAAAUCUGGUCUUGUCAGGAGAGGACCCGGCAUGUUCUGGCCAAUUGCUGAGCAGAGGAUGAAUUACUGCAAAAUGGUCGAGGGAGUUGUGUCUCGGAGACCGGCCAUUGUGGACUCAGAAUUCCUUGAAAUUGCCAACACACCGGUAAUCAUACUGGCGGGUGCACUGCAUGAAUAUGUGCUGCCCAAUUUCUUCCAGGAUAGCUUCUCGGGGUGGCUGUUAGGGUACAAGGGUAAAACCGUGCAGCUUGUCGCAUGGUUGUUGGACGUAUCGAAGAUCCAUCCCGAGAUGUUGUGUGCCUUCACAAUGCCGCUCACACGAUUUGAAACACAAUGCGACAGCGAUAAUAAUAGCUGCCGCAAUACUCAUAGCCAGCGGCCAGAGCAAUGCAGAAGGAGCUGUCACACGUUUCACAGUGCUUGUUGGGCUCGACGGAUGCGAGUGUCAUUGGGUUGAAGUCGGCGACGUCAAUCAACUCGGGACAACGUGGUUGUCGUGGACGCCAACCAUCUUUGCCUGCACCGGUGCAAGUUGCGGUGACGAGACGUCGGGGAAAGACUUUUGACAGCUGUCAAGAAAUCCCCUAUGCAGUGGACUGCAUGAAGCAGAGAGUUCGUGUGACACUGCCGUCGAAGGAAAAGCAGGAACAUAGCCGCCGGUGCCAUGUACCUGCAUAUUUCACAUGCCGGCAUCGACUCUCGCCAGCUGAAACUACUGUAAGAUAAGAUCCAGAUGAUCGUGAGUCCUCGGGCGUUUCUCCACGUCAAAGGAACCUGGUGUCUGCGUAUGUUCCAGGGUAUCCCAUGCUGUUUGACGUGAAAGGCAGCGGGGAAAGAGAGACACGCAGCCGAGUGUGCCAGCAUUGCCGGCUCCGCUGGGAUGUUGAGAUAUUGACCACUGGAUACUGCGCUGAACUAUUCAGUUCAGCAAACAGGGGUAUAUCAAUAUCUCACUGGUUAAAAGACAUAGGGGGAAUGAAACAUGCAGACUGCGUUCAUUACAGUUGCAGCAGUGGAAGAGACGGCUCCAGCUGGCUUUCCUGUGUGGCUGCGUCGUUAACAAUUGCCGUUAAAAGAUGCCAUUCUUCUCCCUGUACAAAGCUGCCGAAAGUCGUAGGGCUGACAUGGUCUUGGACGAAGUGGUCAAAUAUUCCGUGGCAGCUAGUCGCCGAAUACCUGAACUUUGUGCGUAGGCGAGAAUCGGCUG